AUGGCCGACUCUCCACCGCCGCCGCCGCCGCCACCCGCUCCCACCACCAUUACUGCGCUCAGCGAUGACCUUCUCCUCGAAAUCUUCCUGCGCCUCCCCUCCUUCACGAGCCUCGCCCGUGCGGCUUUCGCCUGCCGCGCAUUUCUCCACGCCGUCCGCUCCUCCCCCGCCUUCCGGCGCCGUUUCCGUGAACUCCGGGCACGGCCGCUCCUCGCGCUCUUCCUGCUGCCCUACAUGCGUGCCAUCGUCCCUGCAGCGACGGGUACGCCUACUUCGUCAACCAAGCCACCGACCAAAGCGCCUGCUACAGCCCGGCCGUCCCGCGUGGUCUGCGUCCACCGGGAGAGCGCCUGGGCGUGGGCGCGCGUGGCCGUCUUCUCGUCGCACACCAUGGAAUGGCAGCUCGUCUUGCCGCCGGAGAUGGACACCGGGGGGGCGCUGGAUGACACCACUGGCUCGGUUGUCAAUGGCAUCGUCUGUUGGGUACACAAGGGGAAGGGAUGCAUCCUCGCGCUCAACACUGUGACAUUUCAGUUCUCUCGGAUGGAUCUGCCGCCACCCUUGAAAGUGCCAUCCUCAAGACUUCAGCUUGGUCACACCAAGGAUGGGGAGUUCUGUGUCGUCAGUGUACUGCAAUGCAUGCUUUCUGUUUGGCUCUGGGCAGCCGACGGUGAUGGCGUCGAGAGAUUCAUGCCGCACAAGACGUUCUCAUUGCGCGCAAAUGUCAGUGAGGUCAUCAAUGAGGCUGAUGUUCAUAUACGGCCUAUGGCGGUUAUCAAUGGCUUUGUGUACCUAUCUCUAACUGUUGCACCCUUCGGGGACCCUCGGGCUCCUCAGUUGUUCGUGUCCUUCUGCCUAGAAACAGCCAAGGUGAAUUUGCUCCAUAAAGAAAGCAAGCGAAUAUUCUGCCCAGUUGAUCCCUACAUUAAAGUCAGCUGGCCGUCUUCUUUGAUACAUUGCAAGGUGAGCCUGUGCUUAUGUAUUUGA